UCAAGUCAGUGAUAAGGAAGUUUCAAAAAAUUUUGGAAAUUAAAUUUAUAAUUCCAAAGAUUAUGCGUAAAGUUGGAAAGGUUUUUGACGAGUUUGUGAUUCUAAAUAUUCAAUUGAUUUGCAUGUUUUGAUUCAGUGAUAGUGAUUCUAGUAAAACAUGGUCAAAAAUUAGCAGAAAUCGCUUCUCGUCUGUAAAAUGCAUUGCUACAACAUUCCAACCAUCGAUCCGGAUCUCCGGCAUGAGGAAACCAUUCUGCAGGCCAUCAACGCGUUUGAAUUCCUCAACGAAGUGAUUGACGAUGUCUUCGGUAAGGUGAAUCGAAGGAUCGAGUUUAAUCGGGGUCGGCUGCAUAAACUCAAUGGCCGCAUUGAGAAAGUAAACGAACAGGUGGCCAAACUGAAGGAAACCAAGGAAGCGAUUGUGAUCUAUUCGCCCUGUCGGUAUCCGGGAGCGGAUUUGGAUACCACUGUGCUGCCGACCUUCACCAGUGCCAAUGGGAUCCGGAUGCGCGACGUGGAUGCGGGGAUUUUGCGGGAGAAGUCCUACGUGCCAAGCCAUUCCUAUCAGGAGAAGAUCCAGUUCUAUCACGUGAAGAGCUCGGCGGAGCGGCAUCGAAUUUAUACGUUUGACGAGACAAGGGUGGAUGCAGGGCCGAAGGACGUUCAGUUUCUGGAUUCGGUUUUGCUGUUCAAUAGCAGGCAGUAUUCGGAGGACUAUAAGGGAGCGGAGGAUAAAUCCAGAUCUGGGAAGAAAGCUCCCGGUAGAAUCCGGGAGGAACGGAUUCUGUCGUCAUCUUCGCCGAUUAUCCGCAAUCGUUCCAAGAGAAAGGGACAGGAAAUUUUCUACACACCGGUGCUGAACGAAGCACCCAAAAUCGACGUCCCGGUGGAUCUUCCGGAUUUGCCCGGAAUCGUGAGCAACAUCCAGUAUGAAGGGAACAACACACUCAUAGCGCCGUCGCUGCAGCUGGCCGCGAUAGCUGAUCAGCUGCCAGAAUUGGAAGAUCUAUCGACAAUGGAAGCAAAGGAGACAGUUUCGGAAGUGGCUAAACCUCCACCACCAGUGCCUUCAGUUUUUCCGUGUGCUCCUCCGACGACCAGUUCCCAUCAAGCGACGACUGCUGUUGUGACUGCAAGUGCAUUGCCGCCACCGCCUCCACCUCCACCACCACCGCCACCACUCCCGGCGGAAAUUAUGGCUUCAGGCAGCAGCAGGAAAGCGGAUGAAAAUGAUGGCCAUCCGAUCAGGAAGAAGGAUGGAUCUGCGGCAGCAAGCAGCGGUGGUGAUGCUCAUUUCAAUUUGAUGGAAGCCAUUCGGAAGGCAGGCGGAGUCGAGAAGGCCAAUUUGCGGCACAGUGAGAUCAAGGAGGGCAGAACCGAUUCGAGCAAACCAUCCAAAGCGAAUCCGCAGAAUUUCAUCGAUGAUCUCCACAACAAGCUGCAAAUGAGACGCAAGGGAAUCUCCGGAGCACGGGAAAACCAAGAACCGGGAAACGUUAUCGAUCGUCUGUCGGCCCUCAUUCCACCCCCACCGCCAAAGCUGGAUGCCAGUGCAAGCGAAAGCAACGACGAAGAUUGGGACUAGCUUCGGUUAACAGCAAAGAACGCGGCGCGAUUUGUUUUUGGAUUUGUUAAGACUUUUUGUGUGUCGUUAUUAUUCUCAUUAAAUUCUCACACAUACGUUUGGAAAAUUAUUAAACUAAAACACUAUUUUUUAGUAGAAAUGUAAAUUAUAUGAAUUGA